AGUUCGCCGAGAUGAAUACUACAGGAGUCUGCACGGAAUCCCUCAGUCCACACAGCCAGGUUUUACCUCAAAUCCAUUCUCUCCUUCAUUACCCAGUCUCUACCCACACGCCAGUCUUUCUCAAAAGUCCUGCACUUAUCCUAAUUGAUCAAGCGGCACUCCUCACUCACGUGGAGGAAUUGAUUUGCAGUUUGAACACGUGGCUCACUUAAAAAAAAAAAAAAAAAAAAACAACAAAAAAAAACGGAAUAACCGUGGGGUUGUUGGUCCCAUUGUCUUCCCUCGAUUUUAUUUGGAGGCGGCGCCCGCAUUAACGUGUGACUUUUUUUUCUUCCCCUGUCACGUUGGUUAAGAACUUCGGACGAAGACACACAAAAAAGUAGUUAUUUUUUCCUUUGAAGUCUGAAAACAAGAGAGGGAGGACAUGCAAUAAGAUAUUGGAGGCAGCCAGUGCGCAGUUCCCGUCCAUCAUAAUUCUCUUGUAUCUAUCCAGCAGCUUUGGAGCGAGUGAGGAGAACACGCCCGCUCCGGCUGAUAGACAGUGCGCCGCUCUCUCACAGCACUGCCCGUCCGAGGGACGCGAUUAAAAAGGGCUUUUGCAAAACACGGUCGCUUUUGCUUUCUUUUUCUCCCCUUAACCGCGCGGCAACAUGAACAAGCUAUACAUCGGUAAUGUAAGCGAGCAGACGAGCGCGCUCGACUUGGAAACUAUCUUUGAGCAGUGGAAGAUACCGUUCAGCGCGCCCUUUUUAGUCAAAAGUGGCUACGCGUUCGUGGACUGCCCGGACGAUAAGAUCGCGAUGAAGGCCAUUGACACACUUUCAGGAAAAGUAGAACUUCACGGAAAACUUCUAGAGGUAGAGCAUUCAGUCCCCAAGCGUCAAAGGAGCUGUAAACUGCAGAUCAGGAAUAUCCCACCACACAUGCAAUGGGAGGUAUUGGAUGGAUUAUUAGCUCAGUAUGGCACAGUGGAGAGUUGUGAACAAGUCAACACGGACACGGAGACAGCCGUAGUAAAUGUGCGUUAUGCAGUUAAGGAGCAGGCCAGACAAGCAGUUGAGAAACUGAAUGGUUUCAUGAUGGAAAGCUAUGCACUGAAGGUAUGCUACAUACCAGAUGAAUCUGUGCUCUCCGAUCCCCCGGCAGUGGGCAGCAGGAGAGGAGGGGCCCCACGUGGUGCACCACGCCAGCCCUCACCCCCUCUGGGUACCCGCCCUAAGUUGCAGUCUGACAUUCCACUGCGCAUGCUCGUGCCCACCCAGUUUGUGGGUGCCAUCAUUGGCAAAGAGGGUGCUACCAUUCGCAAUAUUACCAAACAGACGCACUCAAAAAUUGACAUCCAUCGUAAGGAAAAUGCAGGUGCAGCAGAGAAACCCAUAACAGUCCAUUCGACUCCAGAAGGCUGUAGCUCUGCCUGCAGGAGCAUCAUGGAGAUCAUGCAGAAGGAGGCCCUAGACACAAAAAUCACUGAAGAGAUUCCUCUGAAGAUUUUGGCUCAUAAUAACUUUGUGGGGCGACUGAUUGGAAAAGAGGGUCGCAAUUUGAAAAAAAUUGAGCAAGACACUGGGACCAAAAUCACCAUCUCACCUCUCCAGGACCUGACUCUGUAUAACCCAGAGCGAACAAUCACAGUCAAGGGCUCAACAGAGGCAUGUGCCAGAGCUGAAGAGGAGGUCAUGAAGAAAAUCAGAGAGGCCUAUGAGAAUGAUGUGGCUUCCAUGAAUCUCCAAUCUAAUCUGAUUCCUGGUUUGAAUUUGAAUGCUCUGGGUCUUUUCCCGGGUGGGACAGCAGCAGCAGUAUCCCCCUCUAUGGUGCCAGGACCCUUUUCUGGACCACAAGCUGGAUACCCAUCCUUUGGGUGCAGCGUGUUUCCAAGUGAGGUGCCGUUUUGGUCCUCCGGUGAUAGCCCAUCCCUCUCUCAGCCAGAGUCAGAGACUGUGCAUCUCUUCAUCCCUGCACUGGCAGUGGGCGCCAUCAUUGGGAAGCAGGGCCAGCAUAUAAAGCAGCUCAGUCGUUUUGCUGGUGCAUCAAUAAAAAUUGCUCCAGCUGAUGGGAUGGAUGCCAAGCAGAGGAUGGUCAUUAUUUCAGGACCACCAGAAGCCCAGUUCAAGGCUCAAGGACGUAUCUUUGGAAAGCUGAAGGAAGAGAACUUUUUUGGCCCAAAGGAAGAGGUUAAACUAGAAGCUCACAUUAAAGUGCCAUCAUUUGCUGCUGGCAGGGUCAUUGGUAAAGGUGGCAAAACGGUGAAUGAACUGCAGAACCUAACUAGUGCAGAGGUGGUUGUCCCCCGUGAUCAGACACCGGAUGAAACUGAUCAAGUGGUAGUGAAAAUUACUGGGCACUUCUAUGCAAGCCAGCUGGCUCAGCGAAAGAUUCAGGAGAUCCUCUCACAGGUGAGGCGGCAGCAGCCCAAAGUGUCACCUGCUGGGGCUCCAAUACCACGGAGGAAAUAAUUUGCCAAGAGCGGGACAUGGGACAUGCCCAUCUCUGGAGUUCACCCCACCUAUUCUUAAACCCCACCCACCUCCUGGAAUUUCUACGAGAAUCUAUUUUGUUCUAAACAUGAGAACACUGCUAUGAAAACUAGUCUCCCCUUCACUGCCGUAAUGUGGUAACUGCACAAUCUUCUUUUCUUUUUCUUUUUUUUCUUGUUUUUCCCCUUUAACUCUAUUUUGUGUAUUGGUUUUGAGUUUCUCAUGUAAAAGUCAAGGCAUUGCUCUCCUAGCCUGGCUAGGGGUGGGGUCAUAAAAGCUCUGGGUAUGAGACGGGACCGGAAGUGGUGUGUUCAGAAAUAUUUUGUCCCAGUAUUGCUAAUGGCAUUUUAUAAAUUCAGAUGCAUUUUAUAAAGAAAAGUGUGUGUGUGUGUAUAUAUAUAUAUAUAUAUAUAUAUAUAUAUAUAUAUAUAUAUAUAUAUAUAUAUAUAUAUAUAUAUAUAUAUAUAUAUAUAUAUAUAUAUAUAUAUAUAUAUAAAAUAAAAAAUAUAUAUGAAAUACGAAAGGUGGCAGAGCAACACUGCCACUAAUGAUUACAGGAAGUGUUGGUGUUAACCAGGAAACCAAGUUAUAUGCAUUUUUACUGAUCUACCUCAGGCUAGAGUACCUCAGAAAAAAAGUAAAUGAUAUAUAUAUGGAAAAAUGUUCCUUUCUUUUUUUAUUUUGCUUUGUGGUAUUUUGUAUACUUUAUAAAACCUAAUAGUUCUUGAACAUUUUUAUUUUUUUAGAAAAAGCCUGUUAACACAAGACCCUCAAGCCCCACAUUUUUUUAUGAUGCAGACAGUUAAUAACUGUACAUAAGAAUGUCUGCACAUGUAGGUAGGUGUGAGGUUUAAGGGCUUGCUGUUCGCAGAUAAGAAUAUUAUAAAGCGCCUCAGUGUUGCCGAGGAGCCACCUUCUUCUGGAAACAUCAAAAAACAAGAUAUAAAUGCGAAAAAAAUGCUGACCAUACAUAUUGCAGCAAUGCCAUUUAGUUUAGCAAUUAUAACAUUAACAUUUUGGCAUGUACAUUUUCCCACAAACGUUAAGUUGGCAUUCAGGGAUUAGCUUCAGCGUUCAGGGAUCGUGUUAAGUCCUGCUGUAAGACACUGAUGCGCCUUCAUCAGAUUAUCACAUCCCAGCCCUUUGUGGAACAUGUGCAUUUUUCUUUUCCCAGCCUUUAAUUUUGACAUUUGUAAGUUGGCUUCCAUCACACCAGGCUUUUCCACACUGCAAACAUUUUUGUCAAGUGUCUGUCACUGCAUGGUGAGGGUUGGGGGAGUUGCACUGGUUUAAAAUGCUUUUGAUGUUACAAUGGAUGCAUCUUUAUAGCCAGCAGUAAUGUAGAAAUGGAUGUGAUUUAUUAUUUUUUAUUUUAUUCAAAAUUAGAAAUAAAAGAGAAAAAUAAUUAAUCUUUUAGAUAUAUGGAGGAAAACAGUGUUUUUUUUUUUUUUCUCACAAGAAUGUAAAUGAUUGUGGUAAAAGAGCGUAUUCAUGCUUCCACACUAGUAAUAAUGUCUACCUCAGCUGAGUCAAGAGUGGGUGGCGUUGAAGCUUGUGCCUCUCACUACAUUAUUAAAAAUCUGUGCCGAUACAUUGAGUCCCUUGUGAGCACUUGUGUUCUGCUUUGGCUCAGUGUAUCGUGCCUUCAUUCACAGGAGGGGCACAAGUGGUGAUCUGUGUGGGUGUUUUUUUUGUUUUUUGUUUUUUUUUGUUCACCCCCCCCCCCCCCCCCCCCCCCCCCCGGACUAUUGUUGAUCUACCUCUUGGACACAUUUGGAUUAGAGACGUAUAAUUUUUUUAGAAUUUAGGGUCAACUUUCAGUUCCUUUUCUGUACCAGAAAAAAAUUGUUUAAAAAAAAUCAUGUAUGGUUAUAUUUGACAAAUGAGUGAUUUUUAAUAUUUUUCUUUUUGCCUACAUUGUGAUCUGAUUACUGAUUUAAAUCCUCCAUAUGUUGCUUUUUCUGUUUUUUUGGUUUUGGUGGUGUGGCUUCCAUGUAUUGGGCUUUUUCAUGCAGAGAUAUAGCAAGACAUUGUUCAUUUGGGAUUUGAUCAAUAACCCAGAGGUUUUUCUUUUGAUUUUGUUUUCUUUAAAAUGGACUCGCCUUCUGAUUUAUGAACUACAAUUGAGUCAAGUUUUCCCUCAAUACUUAUGUAAAAUGAUGCUAGCAUUUAUUCUAAUAUACAGUUUCUUGGC